UAUUUGAUGAAUCAAGUAAAUUCUCAUCUGAGUCGACGGAAUCCUUUCUAGGUCUAAUUGAAUCACCUCCUUCUAUGAUUACUUUCCCAAGAUCAAACUCUAUUUUUCCAUUGGAAAAAUAUAUACCAGAUGAGAAAGGCUCAAGAGAACAGCUCUUACAACAUGAACGACGGUUCAGCGAUCUUCAGGUACCGUUGGUGUCAGAGAGCAAAACCAUCUCGACUUGGAAAUGGAUCAUAGUCUUCUGCGGAUUAUCUAUAAGGGCGUUUCUAGCAGGGAAGGCUCACAUAUGUCGUUGUCGAAGCCCAAGGGCAUUCGUUGUCUGUUCCUAAUUGACGCAAUCUAGGGCUUGAUGCCACCAUAGUCGCCGACGCUCAAGGACCUAUUCUCCAAAGUCUGGGGGAAAUUGAAACGGUUGCUUGGAUCUGGAGCUACUAUUCUGCUUAUUGGUUCUUGCUAUGGGGUCUUCCAGAUCAAAUACAUGUACAUGUUUAGCAUGUUGCUUUUUGAGAUAGGAAGUGCACUUUGUGGAGCUUCGACUUCAAUGAAUGUUAUGAUAGUUGGACGGAUCAUGGUGGGUAUUGGAGGAGCAGGAAUUGAUCUAGGAGCUCUUAACUAUCUAUCCAAAUUUACAGCUCCACGUACAAGACCCAUCUACAACGCAAUACUUGGAAUUUCCUUUGGACUCGGCAACAUUCUUGGUCCAGUAAUUGGCGGGGCUUUUGAGAAUGCUCCGGCUCUCGGUUGGCGUUGGUCUUUCUAUAUCAACCUUCCUCUUGCCGCAAUUAUGACACCCCUGUUCCUCCUUCUUUCUCUAAAACACAACCCUAUGCCUUCCAUUUCGACCUCACAGAAACUCAAACUCAUUGAUUUCCUCGGGUUCGUCUUACAUGUUAUCGCAUGGUUUUCUUUUCUCGUUGGUGUCACAAUGGGCGGCUCAGCCUGGUCCUGGUCAUCCAUUUCCUCCAUCGCAGUCUGGACGUUCUUCGGAAUUUCUUUUUUCUGCUAUAUUAUCCAACAAUCUCUUUGCCUCCUCACCACUUCUUCCCAUCGUAUUUUUCCAGUUCAUUUCCUCCGUUCUCGAACACUCGUUCUUCUUUUUAUCGCUACAGCUGCGUCAAUGACUGCACUCGUCACACCUAUCUUCUAUAUUCCUCUUCUGUAUCAAUUUGCACAUGGCUCUUCUCCUAUGGCAUCGGCACUAAAUUUGAUCCCUGAAAUCGCAGCCUUCUUCAUCAUAAUUUUAUGCACAGGCGCAUUACUCCCUCGAAUCGGUUACUACAAAGCUAUUUACAUUCUCGCCUCAGUCUUCAUGAUUGUCGGCGGAAUAUUCAUGAGUCGAGUCACUAUCAAUACGCCCAACAGAAAAAUUUAUCUUUAUUCUAUCUUGAUAGGAAUAGGAGUAGGCAUGAUGUUCCAAAUAGCCUACGAUAUUGGUAUGAGUAAAGUGUCAUCGGUGGGUGCACAGGAUACCACAGCCACUGAAGAAUCAGGCGGCGAUGAACAAAAACUUAUUGCGUAUAUAAAUUUCGCGCAAGUGGGCUGUGCGGGUAUUGCGCUUAGUAUUGCGGGAUGCAUAUACCAAAACUUGGGAGUCAAGAAGCUUCAAGAAGUUUUUGGAGAUGGGGUUCCGGUGGAGAUUAUCAGGGAAGCCUUGGGUGGGUUGAAGGGGGAGGGGUUGGGAGAUAUGAGACCUAUCGAUGGGGAUGUUAUGAAAAGUGCAUUAGAUGCAGUAGUGGCGACUGUAGGGAAUGUCUAUUGGUUGGUUGUUGUAGCGGGUGUAGUGUAUGCAAUUUGUGGUCUGGGUAUGAAGUGGGAAAGAGUGAUUUUUGAGCCGGAAUUGGAGGGAAAUAGGAGGUUCAGUGUCAACUAUGAAGCCAUCGUUUGA